AUGGAUUCAUUUUUAACAUUUGGUCUUUGUGAAAAGGCUUUGGAAUUCCAAGUGGAAUGUGAAUUUCCAAAUCAAACAACAAAACAAUAUCAAUUUCAUUCUAGACAUACAGUGGAUAAAAUAAAGAGUUCAAUAUUAUCAGAUGCACCAGAAUUAAAUAAACAAGAAUAUACAUUGGCGAUCGAUAAUGAACAGCUCUCUGUAGAUUUCAUUAGAUUUAUUGUAUCAAACCCAAAGAUUACAGAGACAUUAGAGAAAGGUCCAAUUGUAAAGAUUCAAUUAAUUCCAAAAUCAAAUUAUACUUCAUCAUCAUCAUUUAGUUCACAAAGAGAGAAAAUAAGUUUAGGUGAGAAUAAAAUGUCAGAGUUAAAAAUGACAUUGGAGAAAUCACCUGUUGUUUCAAGACUGGCAGGUGGCGGAAGACCUAUGGUGGUUGGUGGUGCACCUAUGAUCCCUGAUAACAACCAUCUGAGAGUUCUGAAAAAGACAAGAGAGGAAAAUCUGAAAAGAGAGGAGCAGCGCGAGAAAGAAAAGGAGAAGGAAAACGAAAAGGAGCAACAGAAAGAACAGAAAGAAAAGGAAAAGGAACAGAAACAACAGCAGAAAGAGCAACAACAACAAAUCAAGAAGGAAAAGAAAGUUGAUCGUGCAGCAUCGCCGACUCCACCAACACCAACUGUCACCGCUUCACCCGAUGUCUCCACAAACAAUCUACUGGAACACCUGAAUAACAAUAACACCAACGAUCUACCACCUGCCACCACCGCCGAAAAAUAUGCAACACUCUCCUCGCUGAAACAUCUGACACUGGGAUCGGGUCAGCCGAGCACUACCAACAGUCCUGCGACAACCAAUCGUCCGAGAACUCAGGAAUACUCGUCGCCCGUUGCCAACCAAGCGGAAACUGCCGACGAACAAGAGGUGGAGCUAAUCAAGGAUUACAGUUUGAUUGACAAUAUCAAAGGAUUCACAAUUGAAUCUUAUAAGAAAGGUUUGGUUUACAACGAUUUGAUAUUGGAUACACUGAUCACCAGCGAGAGUUGGUAUGCCAACCACUUCCCAGUCGGUGAGCACUACAACUAUGUUGGCGACGACGACAAGAGCGGACCAUUCAUCAUUUCAAUAUGCAAAGAGAAAGAAAAAGAAAAAGAGAAAGAGGAAGGAAGUGGAUCAAAUAACAGUUCACCAAAGGAAGAGAAAUCUUCAUUUUUAAAACAAAAUGUUGGAUCUUUUAAAAUUUUAUUAAGAACCAAAUCUAGUGAUAUAUUUACAACAGUUAAUCCAAAAGGAAGUAUUUUGUUUUCGUCAAAUAAAAUUCCAAUCAAGGAAAUAGUUCAGAGUGUUGCACCCGAUUUACCAACAAAGAGUAUCAAAAUGAUCAAGAGUCAGGACAUCCAAAAAGAUUUAAAGAACUUUGAAGAGAGACAAAGAGUCAAGAGUUUCAAGUUCGGUGUAUUAUAUUGUGCUGCCAAUCAGUCGGUUGAAGAGGAAAUGUUUUCAAAUGAAUUUGGUAGUGAUGAUUUUAAUGAAUUCCUAUCGAUCCUUGGAGAACGUAUUCAAUUACAAGGUUGGCAAAAUUAUAGAGGUGGUUUGGAUGUAAAGAGUAACACAACAGGAACCGAGAGUAUCUACGAGAAAUAUCAAGGUUUUGAAAUUAUGUUCCAUGUUGCAACGAUGUUACCGUACAGCCAUCUCGACACACAACAAGUUGAAAAGAAACGUCACAUAGGAAACGAUAUUGUUGUAAUUAUAUUUAAAGAAGGUGAUAAGCCAUUUAAUCCAAAUAUUAUUCAAUCAGAUUUUAAUCAUGUAUUUAUUGUUGUUUCAGUUGAUAAGUCAAAUAUGUCUCGUGGUGGUGCCAAGAGAUAUAAGCUAUCGGUGGUAUAUAAGGAUGGUGUGGGUUCAAGUAAACCAAGCCUUGAGUAUCCAUGUUCCUUUGAAGCCAACCAAGAUUUUAAAAAUUAUUUAUUAUGUAAAUUGAUUAAUUCCGAGUGUGCAUCUUAUGAAGCUCCAAGUUUCAAAAUUAAAAUACAAAGAACAAGAAUUGCACUUUUGAAAGAUAUGUUAAACACCUACAGUAACGAUUAG